AUGAGCUUCCGAUCGCUGCAGGACGAGCACUCGGGGCUCUCGGAGUCGCAGCUGAACGUGCUGCACGCGGUCAUCUUGAGCUGCUGCGGGGUGUCGCUGGUCGGUUGUCUGUACAUCCUGCGGCACCACUACGUCUCCGCUCGACUGCACAGCGGCGUCUCAAUGGUACAGAAGAUGGUGGUCGUGCUUUCGGUGCUGGAUGCAGGUUUAGCCUUCCCGAAGAUGUUCGGAAACCCGUUAACGGACUCCACGGACGUCUCAGCGGCUUGCAACGUACAGGCCUUUGCAUUGCAUGUCUUCGGCCUCAUGUCAGUCUUCUGGAACGCAGCUAUUGCCCACUGUUUCUACCGGAAGAUCGUACACCGAGACAGCGAGGCGAGACUCAAGAGCAGGUUCAAACUCUACCUUCUAUUAGCCAUCGUGCCCGCUGUAGCUUGCAGUGUCGCGCUCUACGCCGCCAGAUUGUUCGGAGACGCCACGUUCUACUGCUGGGUCGAGUCACGUGCGAAGCAGUUCUGGGCUUUCUACCUGUUCGUGGUGAUAGCGAUCCUCUAUGUUAGCGUCAUCCUCUGGCUUACACAUAACCGCAUCUCGCGGGACUUUCGAGACGCCAACUUGGACGCCCAAGAGUCCUGGGCACUCAUCACGUCCAAGCUGCGGAUCUAUAUCGCAGCUUUUAUCGUGCUUUGGACGCCUAGCACGGUCUUCCGACUAUUUGACGAUGAACUGGGCUCUUCGAGGUUCGCGGUGGCACUUUUAAUGCAAGUGACAGUGUGUACACAGGGCUUAGCGACUGCUAUUAUCUACGGAGGACUACUUACCAAGCUGUACAGGAUAGUGUCGUGCAGACCGUCUAUCUCGCCAACGCACAAGUUCGUGACUUCUCCGUCAUUUCCUACGGUGGAUACAGGCACAAAUCACAGUCUGGUCAAGCACUACCGUAAACCUGCCAACAUCUUCGUGUCUACUUUCAACAUGGGAGAAGCCAGACUCACACCAGCUCAAUUGGACAAGUGGAUCCCACUUGGACACGACGUUUACGUCAUUGGGCUUCAGGAGUGUCUACACUUGACAAACACUCACAGUUUGAUCCGCCAGCAUCUGGAAGGAGGACGUCCUCGACCAGCAACCGCUGGACCUGCCCGGAGAGCAUCAAAAUUCCACCAAUUUAACCGCGAGAUCGGCAGCAAGAACACGUCAUUGGGGUAUCAUGGCCACAUCGCCAUCACCGUGUUCAUCAAGUCGUCGGAUGUGGACAGCGGCGCCUUUUAUAUGCCUCCUGUGGUGCAACAAGAAGUCAAUGUCGGUAAAUCGCUGGUGUUGGGCCGAGCGUCCAACAAAGGCGCUGUGGGCUUCGCAUUCCGGUAUUACGACACGUCGUUCGCUUUUGUGGCGUGUCAUUUGUCCUCAGAUCCCAAGGGCAAAUCAAAAGUGCGGCGAAGGAAUCGAGACUCGCAGGAUAUUCUAAAGGAGUUGCAUUUGAAUCUGGAAGAUGUGGGCUUCGAGUUCCCGCACGUCCAUCACCACAGCUUCGUUCUAGGUGAUCUCAAUUAUAGGUUAACACAGCGAGAUGCAAGCGCAGACACUAUACUGGAGCUUGUGUCGAAGGUUCGGCAGUGUGAGACGGCAAAGCCUGCACCGAUGAAGCGAAGUCGAAGCUUGCGUCGAGGACUUUUGGGUAAGCGAUGGAGUCCUAUGGGAAGUCGAGGACUGGGCAGCUCUUUCGGACUUGGCAGCUCUCUAGGUGCCGGCAGUGACAGAGACAGCAACGAUCUCGACGUCAGUAUGUUGGAGCGCAGCGUUAAAAGCACCUCGUCGAUGUUUGCUUCGUCCAAUGGCAGCAACAACAGCAUCCGAUACUCAGCAGACUGCGAGCUUGUGGACGAGGACCAGUUUGUAUGGGACGAUGUGCUAGCGCACGAUGAGCUGCGCACAGGUAUGAGAGACGGACAGAUCUUUUACGGCUUCCGUGAGGCCAAGAUUGCCUUCCCGCCUACGUUUCGACGUGUUCGUGGAGCGGCAUUGAACCUUGAUGCUGAAAAUUGGCCGAUGGAAUUGCUAUCGGAAUGCUAUACUACUGCAGUGGAAGGCCACGGCAUGCGAGUCCCGUCGUUCACAGAUCGAAUCCUGUUCUUCUCCCAGCCAGACAUGCGUCAUCGACUGCGGUGUGCUGUGUAUGCGUCGUGUGAAGAAGUCAAUUGCUCCGAUCACAAGCCAGUGCUCGCAGUGUUCCAAGCUCUUGUAAACCGCGACUUCUUACCUAUUGAGACGGAACUUGCGAACAAGAAACUCCAGCGAAUGCAGGACGUCAGUGGUGUGCUGGAAUGCCAGCUGCAGCUAGCGUAUACCAGCAUUUCGUGGCAACCAGAUACAGAGGCAGACUUCCCUCUGACUUCGUUCGGCAACUCCAUCGAUCUGGACCAACGUUUCUCGAAUUUUGAUCGUCAUGGUCACCAAGUUAUGGUCACGAUCGUCUUCCCGUUGCCAUCCGAAGAUAUCUUCUCAGCUCAGCGUAAAUUACUGGAACUGGCGGAGUCGAUGAGUGGAGGAGUGUAUCUGGAGAACACAGACCGACUGCUGUGUAAGACCAACGUGGCUCAUAUCAAGUGGAGUGACUUCGUGCGUGACGGUAUCACACACACCACAUUCGCACGGCCUACGGGCAACAUGCACGUGGCGAUUAAAGUGCAUGCCGGCACUCAAGGCCCAUGCUUCGGUCAGGGCGUCAUCUGCAUCCCACAAGCUGCAAACGACAGCAGCGACGACCCACCUGACGGGAUCCCGAAGCUCAAUACUUUCGUCGUCGAACUCGCCGAUGGUGGGCGACACACCGGCACCAUGUCAGGCUCCGUGAGUCUGCAACUCAUGCAGCGCGCCAGUGGCGCCUAA